AACCAUAUUAAAACCGAUUAUGUAUUUAAGUGUAUCUCUUCGAUUUAUUUGGCAAUAUUUAAGAUCUAUAUUUUUGGGAAUCCAAUUGGGAGUUAUUCGGUGUCACUUAAGCAUGUCCAUCGAAAAGUGUAGCUAACGUUACGAUACAACUUUAUUGUUUUAGACCGUAAAGUUAGAACUUGUGACUACGUGUUUUGAAAUAGUGUAACAUUUUUGUUUUUAUGUGUUGCUGAACUCAGGUUAGUCAUUCGGGAUAGGCAACUCCGCCAACAGAGGCUGGUCGCUCUCUACGGCGACUGAAGAAAAUAGAACCAGUUGGCAAGCGAAGCGGACGCUCGUGAGCCAUCAAGCUAGCUCGAGCAACCAACGUUAGCCGUUGUCUCGUUUGUUUUUCUCUUAAGCAUUGGCUUUUUUGUGAAUAUUUUGUAAUUUUCUCUUAAUACUUCUGAGAGUUUGUGCCUGCUUUGGAUUAUGGAUUUUACACCUCUCCACUCUAAUAAUAGUUAGCUAAGCAUUGAGUGUGCUAGCUAGCUAGCUAAACAUUUUAUUUGUGCGACGACAGCUGUCAUUUGGAGAAAGGAAAGUGAUCCAUCAUGCGUGUGCAAUGAAGCGGAUCUCUAGCUGGAUUUAUAUUUUGCAUUUUUUCUGCAAAUGGGUGAUGUUAACGUUCAACAUCGGAUUGUUGGUAUAUGCGUUCAUGCUAUUUUGAUAACUGCGGUGGAAUACUGAUAUAUCUGACGUUCGCUGGUGAUAUCAUUCAGCCUCACAACACUACAAAGUGAUAUAACUAUAUAUCUCUUAACAUUUUGGAAAUGAAGAAAAUAAACUACUAUUCAUAGGGUUCAAAGAAGAAUGUCAUCAGAGGAUAAGACUGUGGAGCCCUCUGACCAGGGACCCUCGUUGCCCUCCGGCACCGCAGGGGCCACGUCCACAGGAAGCCCUGCCCAGACAGACAAGCGCCCCCGGGGCAGGCCACGCAAGGAUGCUGCUGCUGUCUCCCCUCUCGCACCCCAAGCACCACCCACAUCCAAAACCAGGAAGAAGGGCCAUACCAGAGGGAGAGCGUUUGUUGUGGAAGAGGAGGAGGCGGAAGAGGAGGAGGAGGAGGAGGAGGAGGACAGCAGCAUGGAUGGGACGGAGGCAGCCGCCUCAGAGGUCCCCCCUCAGGACACAGCAGAUAUGCCAGCUCAGCAGCCGGUGGAUUGUCUAGAGGAGAAUGCUCAGGGACCAGGGGAGGGGGAGGAGAAGCCCCUCUCUCCCUAUGUCCAGAGCCCUAAGGCUGGGGAUGCCGGUGAACCCUCCGCCCCUGACCCUGUUACCAUCAGAGGAGCCAAAAGCAGUGAGCAGCUCUGUGCCUUCUGUUACUGUGGUGGCCGCAGUCUGCUGGGCCAGGGAGAUCUCCAAGUUUUUGAAUCUUCUCAUGGGCGCGAGGUCAAGGGGACAGGAGGAGGAGCCCAGACCAGGGACCAGAGCGAAGCCAGUGACGACAGCAGCGGUGACACAAGCUCUCCGCUACCCAGCAAAGCAGCGGCGGCCGGGGACGCCGGCUCAGGACAGAGGGCCACACAGAAUGGAUGUGAGAGCCAUGGGGAGUUAGCCGACCCAGACAGUACCAGCAGGUUCUGGGAUGACUUGGCUCACGUGGGGCUCCCGGGAGACAUCGACGUCCAGUCCCUCUUCGAGGACUCGGGGCGGUGCUGGGCUCAUCACCGCUGUGCGUUGUGGUCGCAGGGCGUGUGCCCGGGCCAGGGACAAUCACUACUCAAUGUGGAUAGAGCCAUCGACUCAGGGAGCACAGAGCACUGUGCAUACUGUAAGCGCCUUGGAGCCUCCAUUAAGUGCUGUGCUGAAGGAUGUGCUCGACUGUACCAUUACCCCUGUGCGGGGGCGGCCGGGACUUUUCAGGAUAUCAGGAGUCUCUCCCUCCUCUGUCCGGAUCACACAGAACUGGCCAUUCAGAGAUUUCCAGAUGACUCCAUCUGUGCGUUGUGUGACAGCCCUGGGGAGCUCCAUGACCAGCUCUUCUGUACCAGCUGUGGGCAGCACUACCAUGGGGCCUGUCUGGACAUGGCAGUGACCCCUCUGCGGAGGGCCGGCUGGCAGUGCCCCGAGUGUAAAGUCUGCCAGACCUGCAAGAACCCAGGUGAAGACGAUAAGAUGCUGGUGUGUGACGUGUGUGACAAAGGCUACCACACCUUCUGCCUGCAGCCGGCCAUCGACGACAUCCCUACCAAUGGAUGGAGGUGUAAGAACUGCAGAGUUUGUGUCCAGUGCGGGACCAGGACGAUCGGUCAGGGGCACCACACUAGUCUCUUGUGCGAGGGCUGUGUCCAACAUCAGGACCCCACCCAUAGCUGUCUGUUGUGUGCCUGCAUUCUUGACCCAGAGCACCACAAAGACCUGCUUUCCUGCCGCAGCUGUAAAAGAUGGCUCCACCUGGAGUGUGAGCGCCAGUCAUCAGGCAAAGCAGACACCCAGCUCAGCCAGGACUAUGUGUGUUCAAGCUGCAGACCUACUGGGUCACAACCACAACAGGCCAUACUGCAGGCAGAGGAUGAGGAGGAUGAAGAGGAGGAGAUGGACACGGGAGGCCUAGAGCCAAGCCCACAGUCUGCUUCUCAGAUGCACACUGACUCUAAUUCGGUGGUUCUAAUGCACACAGAUCCAGAACCUGUCCCAAAGCAGCUGAGGUCUCCUUCCCCAAUGCACAAAGACCCAGAACCGGAAUUACCACCCAUUCCAAUGCACACAGAUAUUGAACCGGAGCUCCAGGCAGAGCCUGUCCAAGCUUCCACCAGUGUCUGUGACAGCACCCAUGAGGAUACGCAGCCACACCAAGCUGUGUCAGACCAGCAGAUUGGUGUCUUGGUGGGACCUGCCGUUGCUGCUGAGGAGGAAGAGCGGGUGACUGGCGAGGUGUCUGUUAAAAAGGCCCUGAGCCACUUACAGCCAGCUGGAGAGACCCAGGUUCCUUCAACGGAGAGUCCUGAGUCUCCAAAGGUGACCGAGCUUGAGAAAUCUCAACCUGCCCUUAAGUCGAUGGAGUUGGAUCAGCCACUGGAUGUAACACCAGGACUGACCAUACUAACAAACACAGAACCCUCCUCUGAAAAGUCUAUGAUCAAACACAGUCCCAGCACAGAGGAUAUCCAGGCCAUAACCCCACCCACCACCAAAGAGCCAAGUAGUACAUCAGUUUCCAUCAAGGAAGAACCCGUUGAGGUCUCAGCCUCUGAGCCUUCAGGAGUUAAACAGGCGCAAGUUACCUCUAAUUUGCCCACAGCAGCAGAGGACGCUUUAAGAGAGCAAGAGGAUUUACACAUGCCUGGGAUUCUGGCUGGUGGUGUUUUGGUUGGGGCCUGUGCCUUGGAAGCAAUGGACACCACUCCCGAGGCUGAGAGCAAGCCUUGCCUCUCCCACGUCAGCCCCCCAAGUGAAGAAAAGCCCUACAAGACAUCUAUGGAACGACUUGCUGAGAUGGCUGCCUCUCCUACACACUCUCCCCCUAGGACCAAGGGACCUUCGCCCAGGGAGCCUCUCCAGCCCCACAACUCCCAUCCUACCCUUGGGGAAUACAGCAGCAGCCUCCCCUCCACCACUCUCAUACCACUCACCCCGAAAAUUGGCAUGGGCAAGCCAGCUAUCUCCAAGAGGAAGUUUUCCCCAGGCAGACCCAGGGUGAAACAGGGCGCAUGGCAUGGGAGCCCCCAUAGCAGUGUCAGCUCCCCCUCCUGGUCCCCAGAUCAGCCAGAGGGGUGGGACGUCCAAAAGAGCAGGCAGCUGACCUCCGGCUGGAGCAUCAGAGUGGGUCGAGGGUCAGGCUUUCCUGGGAGGAGGAGACCAAGAGGGGCGGGGCUGUCGGGCAGAGGGGGUCGGGGCCGAGCAAGGGGGAAGAAUGGAGUCAGCCCCACAAUCAACCCUGGGGUCACCACCAUGGAGUCAGUGUACCAGGUGAAGGAAGAAGAGGAGAAUGCUAUGCAUAACACUGUAGUCAUAUUCUCCAGUAACGACAGUUUCACACUGAAACAGGACAUGUGCGUGGUGUGUGGGAGUUUUGGGCUGGGUGCUGAGGGCCGUCUUCUGGCCUGUGCUCAGUGUGGGCAGUGCUACCAUCCCUUCUGUGUUGGCAUAAAGAUAACCAAGGUAGUGCUGAGUAAAGGCUGGCGCUGUCUGGAGUGUACCGUGUGUGAGGCGUGUGGCCAGGCCACAGACCCGGGCCGUCUGCUCCUGUGUGACGACUGUGACAUCAGCUACCACACGUACUGCCUGGACCCUCCGCUCCAGAACGUCCCCAAAGACAGCUGGAAGUGCAAAUGGUGUGUGUCCUGUACCCAGUGUGGUGCCACCUCGCCAGGCCUGAGGUGUGACUGGCAGAACAACUACACCCAGUGUGCCCCCUGUGCCAGCCUGGCGACAUGCCCUUUCUGUCUCCAGGACUACAGCGAGGGUGAGGUUGUGGUGCAGUGUCGUCAGUGUGACAGGUGGGUCCAUGGUUCCUGUCAGGGUCUGCACUCUGAGGAAGAUGUGGAGAAGGCCGCUGACAGCAGCUUUGACUGCACAAUGUGCCGAGUUCACAAAACCUCCAAGUCGCUAGUGUCCAAGGCCAGAGAGUCCAUUGAGCCAGCAGUUAUGACGCAGAUUGUCACAAAGGCUAAAGAAAUGGACUUGGCAAGGACGUACACUCAGGAUGGCGUUUGUUUGACCGAGUCAGGGCUGUGUCAACUCCAGAGUCUGUCGGCCCCUGCGUCACGGCGAAGGAAACCAAAGCCCAAACUGAAGCUGAAGAUCAUCAACCAGAACAGCGUGGCCGUGAUGCAGGCCCCCCUGGACAUGCUGUCAGAACACUCCCGUGACGAGGACACUGAGGACCACAGAGAGGCUGAACUCUCCCUAGACUGCGAGGGGAAGUCAGACUCGAGCCCAGAGCGAGAGCCAGCAGAAGACGAGUCCAAAGGGGCCGACAGUGGCAAGAAGAGGAAGAGGAAGCCGUACCGACCGGGCAUCGGUGGCUUCAUGGUGCGCCAGCGGAGUCGUCCUGGCCAGGGCCUAGGCAAGGCCAAACGAUCCCUGAGCAGGAAAGAUUCCUCCGGCUCUGUCUCUGAAGCUCCCACAGGAAAGGAAGAGGGCUGGGGGGAGGUGCUUCCCGACACCCCUUUGGAUGAGAUGCCCCCUGGACCGGAGGUUCCAGAGAAGAUCAAGAAACGCUACAGGAAGAAGAAAACCAAACUUGAAGAGGCCUUUCCCACCUACCUACAGGAAGCGUUUUUCGGUAAGGACCUGCUAGAUAAGAGCAAACAGAGCAGGCAGCAGGGGGUGGAGUCUGGGCUGUUGGAGGAGGGCCAAGCUGGAACCGGACCCCAGGGGGACCGGAAGAACCCCACCAGCAGCUUCCUGGACCCCUCCUCGGAUCCCCUACUUAGUGCUGUUUCAGCAUCAUCCAAAUCAACCGGACCACAGGGACCACAGCCCUCUGAGGAGCCGCUGGUGGAUCUGUCUGAGGUUCUCAACAGGGAUGCAGACCUCCUGGGAAUGCUCGGAAAACAGACCGGUGACUCUGGUCUUGAUUUUUGCCCUUUCCAGAUCGACUCCUCACCUCCUCCCUUUGCUGGUCUGGACAUCGGACCCCUAACAGACAGCUCCCCGGUGCGCCCUCAAUCCCAGUGUGGCCGACGGACACCCCGUGCACUCUCAGAUGAACCUCUGGAUGGGAUCCUCAGCCCAGAACUGGAGAUGGCUAACGAGUCAAUUCUCAGCAAACUCUACAAAAUUCCAGAGUUGGAGGGGAAGGAUGUGGAGGACCUCUUCACUGCUGUCUUGAGCCCCAGCACCAGCCACCCACCACAGAUGCCUCAUCCCCACGGCCCACCGGGGGCCAGCCUGACACACUCUAACACAGGGAAUAUCAUGUUUCCACGAAUGCCAAUGAUGAACGGGCUGAUGGGGCAUAACCAACGAUUCCCUCUGAAUCCAUCCAACACCGGAGAAGGAACCUGCCUCCCAGACAACUUCUCCCCUCUCCACCGCAUGCCUUUCACUGACAGUCCAAGGGACCGGAGGUUUAAUCAGAUGGCCAGAGAGGGUCCGUGGCAAGGUGCUUCUGGUCCUGUCCACGGAGGUCAGGGCCCCACCCCUCCACCUGGGGCUGAGGGAGGUGAGACAGAAGCUAUGUCCAACGCCCAGAGGAGCACACUGAAGUGGGAGAAGGAGGAGACACUGGGGGAGCUAGCCACUGUGGCCCCCGUCCUUUACACCAAUGUCAACUUCCCCAGCCUCAAGGAGGAGUUCCCUGAUUGGUCUACAAGAGUCAAACAGAUAGCGAAGUUAUGGAGGAAAGCAAGUUCACAAGACAGAGCCCCAUAUGUGCAAAAGGCGAGGGACAAUCGGGCUGCUCUGCGCAUCAACAAGGUCCAGAUGUCCAACGAGAGUCUGAAAAGGCAGCAGUCGCAUCAGCAACCACUUUCCCAGCAGCCCCCUGCCCUGCUGCAGCCCCCCGACGAGGUGUUUGACCCCAACAUACCGCUAGACACAGACUUGCUCUUUAAGGACCCUUUGAAACCCAAAGAGUCAGAGCAUGAGCAAGAGUGGAAGUUUAGACAGCAAAUGAGACAGAAAAGCAAGCAGCAAGCAAAGAUUGAAGCCACCCAGAAGCUGGAGCAGGUGAAGAACGAGCAGCUGCAGCAGCAGCAACAGCAGUCGGGCAGCCAGUCCGAGGGAGACGGCAACAACAGCGGCAACCAGAGUCCUUCUUCCCAGCACGGCAGCAACGGCAGCAUGUCCCCGAUGCAGCACAGCACCGGGGGGAAGGAGGGCUUUAUCCGAGCUCAGCUCCCAGGGACGCCCACCCCCGGACCCUCUGAGGAUGUGUUCCUCCGGCCCCCUCCUCCCCCUCCCUCAGGGGGUUCUUCACAGCCCCAGUCCCCACAGGUGUUCUCCCCUGGUUCAUCUGGCUCCAGACCCUCCUCUCCCUGGGACCCUUAUGCUAAGAUGGUGGGCACCCCCAGGCCUCCAACUCUCGGUCCCAGUGCAUGUCGCAGGAUGUCCAUGGAGUCAGGCAAGUCUCCCACCUCUCUGAUGGAACAGCAGGACAGAGGGAGGCUCACAUCGCCAGCUCAUGAGGCUUUUGGGUCCCCUACAUCCUUAAGUAGGGAAACAGAUCCCUACACAAAGUCUGGUGACACCCCCAGGGACAUGGACCCUUUCCUAAAGCCAAUGGGCCCACCCAGAGUCAACCAGGGUCCACCGGGGAGGCACCCGAUGGGGUCUCCAGUGCGGGGAGACCCUUACUCAAGAACCAUGAUUCGCCAAGAGACCUACCAACGGAUGGCUCAGAACAGGAUGAUCCUGUCAGACCCUUACUCCAGACCUCUACUCGCUCCAAUCCCCGGGAGCAAUGAGCAGGGCUCAGUCCCUCAGUCUCCUUUUAAGACCCCCAUGCCUCCACCCCAGGCCCAGGACCCCUUUAACAGACCAAUGGGACACCCGUCAGACAGAUUCUCUCAGCAGGGAGAUCCUUACGCUCAGAGCCCUCUGACCCCACGACCCCAUGACAGUUUUACCAGUCCGCCUAGGAUGGCCCAGAACCAUCCACCAGGCCACCCGUUCUCCCAGUCCGGCUCAAUGGCACAGUUACCAAACCGGAACCCUUACGCCCAUGCGCCCUCUACGCCAAGGCCUGACCAUUACGCAUACGACCCCUUUCCCCAGCCUUCUGGAAACCCAAGGCCUUCCUCAGACUCCUACGCUCAGAUGCCAGGUACCCCUCGAUCCGUGAAUGACCCCAACGUCCAAAUUCCUGGAAACAGACCGUUCUUUGAGUCCGGCUACGCACGACCUCCAGGCACCCCUCGCCCGCAUGACAACUACGGCCAGUCCUCUGACCCUUAUUCCCAACAACCCAACACUCCUCGCCCUGGACCUGGCAUGAACCAGUUCCACCACCCUCACCCACACCCCCAGCCCCCCAGUCAGAGGAUGUCUCCCGGUCACUCCAUGGACCCCUAUGCCCAGCAACCUGGUACUCCUCGGCCCCCAGUUGGAGAGAGGUUCUCAAAGUCCCCAGGCAGCCAGAGGCUGGCCCCCAUGGAUCCAUACGCUAGCCAACCUGGAACCCCCAGGCCUAGUGGUGACACAUACUCCCAGAGCCCCAGACCCAUGCUUAGUGACCCUUACGCCCAGGCUUCAGGAACGGGACGCCCAGGAAUGGGACCUGAUGGGCUGGGUAGGCUGCAGGGACAAAGACCCAGUCCCAUGGGAAACCAGCAAGACCCCUUCUCCCCCCCUCAAAGCACUAGGCCCCAAGACGCUCCCUUCCCACACCCAGGGUCACAGACGCCGAAGCAUCACAGCGGGUUAGCCGAUGAUGGAUUCUCUCCAUCCAGACGGCCCAAUCAGACGCCUGUCCAUGACCCUUACGAUCAGGCACCCAUGACCCCUCGUCCACAGCCGACAGAGAGAAUGGAACUGAAGGAGCAGCCAGGCCAGGACUCAGGAGGACCGAUGCAAAACCCCUCCCAGAUGCCUGGACCCUCCUCCGAGGUUCAGAGUGUCUCCCUGGCUGACAGUGAGGAGAGACUCAGACAGCGUCAACGCAUCCGAGAGCUAAUCCUGAAGCAGCAACAGCAGAGGAGUGCCAUCCGCAUGGAGAAUGCUGGUAACAUGGCCCCUGGCACACCUCGACCCUGGCCUAACGAGGGCCACGGACAGCAGGGCGAGAUAUUCAGCCGGCCCCCUCCACCCUACCCUGGGCAGGGCCCCAUGAGGGGACCAAUGAGGUUUCCUGGACCUUUCUCCGGUGAACUGCGGGGUCCUUUCCCUAAUGAGGGUCAGUUACCCAGAGGACAACAUCCUGUCGACCCUAAUAUCAGACAUCAGUUGCCAAGGCUUUCAUUUCCACCUGCUGGGCCUGGACCUCACGGAGGGCAGGACUUCUUCCUCAGAGGCCCCCACCCAAUGCAGGAUGUCCACCAGGGGAUGAGACGUUCUAUGUCUGUGGACAUGGCCAUGGCGGCUAACCCCAACCCAAUGGGGCUUCCACAGCAUUUCCCUCCUCGUGGCUUGCCAAUGCAGCAGCACAACAUCAUGGGUCAGCCUUUCAUCGAGCUGAGACACAGAGCCCCUGACAGCAGGCUGCGAUUCCCCUUUGGGCCCAACGCUUUGGGUCAGUGUCCCAACAUGGAUCCCACCCUCCAGCCCCAAAGGCCUUCUGGUUUCAUGGGAGGACCCGAGUUCAGGUUCCCUCCGGGUGCAAACCAAGGUGGCCCCCGGAUAAUGAUGGUUGAUGCUCUGGGGAACCAGCAGGUUGGCCAGAGCCAGCUGUCCUCCAGCAUGGAGAACCUCCACCAGCAACAGGCCCAGAUGCAAGGGGACACCAUCCCCAAGCAAACCCAGAUGAUGAGGUCCAUGAGCCAGCAGGCUUCGAAUGAGCCCCAGGGUAUGUCAUCUGCUUCCGUGAUGAUGCCAGGGUCGUCUGCUGGCCAUACUGAUGGUCAGGGAGUGUCAAUGGCUAACAACGACAGAGUAGAGGAGAAACUGGACACAGUUGAAUCUGCUGUUAAAGAUCUGGAAGAUGUGGAAGUCAAGGACCUGGUCGAUGACGAUUUGGACAACCUAAACUUGGAUCCAGAAGAAGAUGGCAAAGACCUGGAUCUGGAGACCAACGACCUGCAUCUGGAUGACUUUCUGACAUUGGGAAAGUUUGACAUUAUUGCAUACACAGACCCUGACCUGGAUGACAUCAAGAAGGACAUGUUUAAUGAGGAGCUGGACCUGAGUGAGAACAUGGAUGUCCACAGCGACCCCUCAGAUUUCCAGAAGGCCUUGUCUGAGAAGAGGAACUCCCUGUCUGGCUGUAGCACCGCAACAUCUUCCUUCUCCCAUUUAACAUCUGGAAUGGGGAAAUCGGAGGGAAUGGCCGACAAUUCUUGCUCGUUAGACGUAAAACAGGAAGUGAGCUGUAGCCAGAGCUCUGCCUCUUCCCUGCCCUCAGAGCAGAAGAUCAAAAUGGAGGACAAGGACAACCUCUCCCAGACGUCCAAUGAGAGGGUGGAUCAGCCAGCAGACGGCAACUCUAGCAACCAAUCAGGAGGACUCUCUGACUCCACCCCAGUCCUCUCCAGCUUCCUAAUCAAGCAACAGCCGGAGGACUCCUCGUCCGACCAUCAAUCUGGCAGUAACAUGGCCCAGCCCAACCAAGACACUCAGAACAACUGUGGACUUAAUAUGGCAUCCCAAACAAUGGAAUCCACUACCAGGGCAGAAGAGGAAGGGGAAACAUCGAUGUCUUCUUUUGACAUAGACCAGAGCGGAUUGACGCCGGCUCAGCAGGCGUUAUUGGCUCAGACGUUGGGCCAGGCGGGGCCUGGGGGGCACAGGCCACUGCUGCUGGAGGAACAGCCUCUCCUGCUCCAGGACCUGCUGGACCAGGAGAGGCAGGAGCAACAGCAGCAGAGGCAGAUGCAGGCAAUGAUCCGACAGCGCUCCUCUAGUGAAUCCUUCUUUCCCAACAUCGAUUUUGAUGCCAUCACUGACCCUAUUAUGAAAGCGAAGAUGGUGGCUCUGAAAGGCAUCAACAAAGUCAUGGUUCAGAACAACCUGGGGAUGACCCCGAUGGUCAUGAACAGAUUUCCAGGUGGUGCUGCUGCACCAUGUCCUGAGAGCGCCCCUGUUCCUCCGCAGGCUGUUGGACAGGACGGCAAACUUACUCCCACGGUGGCAAGACCCAACCCUCCCAAUUUCGGACCAGGUUUUGUUAACAACGCUCAGAAGGCUCAGUAUGAGGAGUGGCUCCAGGAGACCCAGCACCUGCUCCAGAUGCAGCAGAAGUUUCUGGAGGAGAAGAUCGGAGCCCACAGGAAGUCCAAGAAGGCCCUGUGUGCUAAGCAGCGAACAGCCAAGAAAGCUGGGAGGGAUUUUCCUGAGGAGGACGCUGAGCAGCUCAAACAAGUGACGGAGCAGCAGGGUGUCGUGCAGAAACAGCUGGAGCAGAUCCGGAAGCAACAGAAAGAGCAUGCUGAGCUGAUCGAGGAGUAUCGGGUUAAACAACAACAGCAGGGUGGCAGUUGCAGUAUGCCCCCGACUGGGAUGCCAGGCAUGCCAGCAGCAGCACAAGGGAUGCCACCCAUACAGGGUGGCCCUGCUGGCAUGGUACCAAGCGGGCCUACAAUGAACCCACAGCCACCUCUUAACCCAAUGAUGCCACAGGGGCCGCUCCAUCCAGGCCAGCCAAACGCCCCUCCACAACGCAUGCCCAUACCCAACCAGUCAGGCUGGCAUCCAGGAGCUCCCAUGCCCAUGGGCAGCCCCAAUAUGCCCCCUCUUAUGCCCCCUCAGGUGGCCAUGGGCAACCCAGGCCAGCCUCCACAGAUGCCCCAGCAGAUGCCCCAGCAGAUGCCCAUAGAAAACCAAGCCCAGCCUCAACCUGGGGGGGUCCAACCCCCACCAGCCUCCGGGCUGCAGUUCGACGACAACAACCCGUUCAGCGAGGGCUUCCAGGAGAGGGAGCGCAGGGAGAGGCUGAGGGAGCAGCAGGAGAGGCAGAGGGUCCAGCUGAUGCAUGAGGUGGAGCGCCAGCGGGCCCUAAAACAACGCAUGGAGAUGGAACAGCAAGGCAUGCUGGGGCCCGACGGGGGCAGCAUGCCACCCCUCUCUCAGAUGCCUUUCUUUAACGCUGAGCUGCCCCAGGACUUCAUGCAACCACAGAGGCCCCAGCAGCAGUUAGGACCCAUGUUCCCACAGCAGCAGCCCAUGCAGACAGGGAUGGGCUCCCCUCCCGGGGCCUUCAUGCAAGGCGCUGACCGGAGGGCCAUGAUGGGUAACGGGAUGCUUCCUCAGGGCCUGAGUAGUUUCGAGUCCAUGGGUCUGCAGGGAGGUAACUUCCCCCAGGGCCCGCCCAGGCCCCGGAGGUUCAGCGGGCCUGGUAUGAUGCCUCAGAUGCCCGGGGAAGGCCCUCCGUUCUGCGGAGACUCCACUACGCCCCUGCCGUCAAAUUUCCCCGGCUCAGGUCAGUCUCUGAUCCAGCUGUACUCCAACAUUAUCCCGGAUGAGAAGGGCAAGAAGAAGAGGAACAGGAAGAAGAAGAAAGACAACGACGAUGCGGACUCGGUCAAAACGCCAUCCACACCACACUCUGACCUCACAGCCCCUCUGACGCCCAGCCGGUCAGACACAUCAUCCACACCCACUCGGAACAACGCCCACCUCUUUGGGGAUCAGGACCUGUCAAGGUCCCCUUUACUGGGCUCCUCCACGUCUAGCCACAGCCACUCCGAGCUGGAGAGGCAGCUGUCCGGGGGCCUUGCCCCGGGUGGCGGCGGGCAGCCUGGAGGUAUGAGCAGCCUCUCAACAGAUGUGGCCCAGGCCAGGGCCCAGGCGUUGGAGCAGGAGCGCAUUCUCAGUAACAUCAAGCUGGAGCAGACUGAGAGCACCGAGUGUCACGGACACAGAGACGGCAGUUCCUCGCACAUGGGAGCAGGGCUUGGCAUGGUGAAGGAGGAGGGUGUAGGACAGAGCCCCUCCCACAGCGCCAAGGGGGAAUCCGGGGGGAACAAUGAACUCCUCAAGCACCUGUUGAAGAACAAGCAGACUCCUCUUAAUGGACCAGGGCCUCCCCACCACCCGCGGUCAGACGAGAGCCUGAGGUCGGAGGAGGAGGAGGUGGCUGCGGACUGCAAGGCCAUGCUGCUGAGGCAAAGCUCCCUGGACAGCAACGGGGCCUAUUCCGACGGGCAGAUGUCUGGACUCCCAGAGUUCUCAGGACCUCUGCUCCCAGGACAGGAAAAGAAGAAAGGCCGGAACAAGAGGACCCCCAAGUUAGGGGAGAGGCCUGCCUCUCGUUACAAGAAGAGGAAGAAAGAGGGGGAGGACAAGCAACUGGUGAACUCCACCACAGAUACACUGAUGACUCAGCUCAAACAGCAGCUAUCCCUCCUGCCACUCAUGGAGCCCUUGAUAGGUGUGAACUUUGCCCACUUUGCCCCUUACGGCAGCGGCCAGCUGAACGGGGAGAACCUCCUGUCUGGGACCUUCGGCAGCGCCUCUCUGGAUGGAGUCUCAGACUACUAUUCCCAGCUGGCCUACAAGCAGAACAAUCUGAGUAACCCCCCCACACCGCCGGCUUCCCUCCCUCCGACCCCUCCGCCUGUGAACCGCCAGAAGAUGAUCAACGGCUUUGCCACCACGGAGGAGCUGGCCAGCAAGGCCGCUGCUAUGGUGUCUAAAGGUCUGGUCCCCAAGCCGCUCCAUGUCCCGUUCAGGAGCGAGGAGGACCUGCUGGCCCGGGCCAUCGCUCAGGGACCUAAAACUGUGGAUGUGCCAGCUUCCCUUCCCACUCCCCCUCACAACAACCAGGAGGAACUCAGUAACAGGCUGGGACAAGAGCACUGUAAGGACCGAGACACGCCAGACAGUUUUGUCCCCUCCUCGUCCCCUGAAAGCGUGGUUGGUAUGGAGGUCAGCCGAUACCCAGACCUGUCAUUAGUCAAGGAGGAGCCUGCCUCCCCCUGCUUCUCCCCCACCCUCCCGCUGCUCCCCAGUCCCUGGGGAAAAGGUUCAGAGGUUAAACUGAAGACUGAGCUCAAGACCGAGCCCUCUGCGAUGUUCUUUGGUUCCCAUUUUGGCCCAGUGUCUAAUGACACUAAACCAGGCCUGGUAUCUGUAGCCAUCACCCUGAGACCAGCCGCUGCUGAAAACAUCACCGGUGUGGUAGCAGCCAUCUCCAAUCUCCUGUGCGUGAAGAUCCCCAGCAGCUACGAGGUCAGCAGCACCCCGGGCCCUGACCGGGCUCCUCUUGCUAUGCUCAGCGGCAUGAGGGGGGGGCCCCAGGGAGGCCCAGAGCACCGGCCGGGGGCCCCCAUGAUGUACCCAGGACGCGGCGGCGCUGGAGACAUGGGAGGUCCUCACCCGUCCGUGGCCCCGGGGAAGAUGGUCAAGCCCGGGGCGGGUGGGGCACCGCAGCAGGGGAUGAUGAUGAUGAUGAUGAUGAGGCAGCAGCAGCAGGGACAUCCACAGCAGCACAUCCGCUUCCAUGCCGAUGCGCCAGGUCCUGCUGCAGCCAGUGGCCCACAUCAGAAGACCCCUGGCAGCCCAGGUCCUGGCUCCAAGCCCCAUUGGUGCUGUCACUGCAAGGUGGUGGUCCUGGGAAAUGGAGUUCAUAAAUCCGUCAAAGAUCUUCCACUACACAAACAGGAACAGGAAGGUCCUUUGCGUUCCGAGGGGAAUUUGGUCUUCUGUAGCCACAGCUGCUUCCUCCUCUAUUCUGCGUCGUCAUCCUCCUCUUCAUCCUCCUCUCAGUCCAGAACCGCUACAGACACUAAGGACUCCGUGACUCUAGUGACUCAAAACUCAGAACAGAAGGAGAGCUUGUCUAAAACGCAACACCAGUACAGCAACAACAUGUCCUCUCUGGAUGUCCACUGUCUGGCUCAGCUCCAGCCCAAGCAGUCCCCUCCCUCCACCCCGCCCAUCCCAUUCCCCCCCGCCAGCGAUGCCCCGAAGACCCAGAAGACCGAGGCCAAGUCAGACGCUUUUAAAGUGACCGUGAAGCUGAAGUCGCGUGGCCCCAGGGCCCACCAGGAGGGCUGGCACCAGGGGAAGAGACACAAGGGCCUCCGCUGGAGGAAGUGGACGGUGCAGGUGGUGGUCCCUAGAGGAAGCUCCCAGCUCCCCGACGAGGACCAGAUCGACGAACUGCUGAGGAAGCUGGGAGCGUCUCUCCGCCCUGGGGCCAGUCUCCGGGACCAGCGCCGCUGCUGCUUCUGUCACCAGCUGGGGGACGGCGUUACCGAUGGCCCAGCCCGCCUUCUGAACUUGGACCUGGACGUGUGGGUUCACCUCAACUGUGCCCUGUGGUCCACCGAGGUGUACGAGACACAGGCGGGGGCUCUGAUCAACGUGGAGCUGGCUCUGAGGCGGGGCUCCGCGAUCCGCUGUGCCUACUGCCAGCAGAUGGGUGCCACCAGUGGCUGCCACCGCCUCCGGUGCACGAACGUCUACCACUUCACCUGCGCCCUGCAGGCCCACUGCACCUUCUUCAAGGACAAGACCAUGCUGUGCCACGCCCACCGGCCUAAAGGAUCAGCCUCCUCCCACGGCAGCUCUGGCCCCGCCCUUGACCACGAGCUGCGCUGCUUCGCCGUGUUCCGACGUGUCUACGUACAGCGGGACGAGGUCCGGCAGAUAGCCAGUGCCGUGCAGCAGCCUGAACUGGGUUACACCUUCAGAGUGGGCAGCCUGGUGCUUCACGCCGUGGGGCAGCUCACCCCGUCCCAGAUGGCUGCCUUCCACUCAACCUCGGCCAUCUUCCCCGUGGGCUACGAGGCCUGCCGCAUCUAUUGGAGCAUGCGCCACGGUAACCGCCGCUGUCGCUACCUCUGCUCUGUGGAGGAGAGGGACAAGCAGCCGGAGUUCAGCAUCCGCGUCAUCGAGCAGGGGUACAGCGACCUGGUCCUCACUGACUCCACUGCCAAAGGAGUGUGGGAUAAGGUUCUGGGUCCGGUGGCUGAAAGGAGGACUGAAAUAGGAACUCUGAAACUGUUUCCUGUCUAUCUGAAAGGAGAGGACCUGUUUGGACUGACUGUCUCUGCGGUCACCAAGAUCACUGAAUCGUUGCCUGGGGUGGAGGCCUGUGGUGGGUACGCCUUCCGUUACGGCCGCAACCCUCUUUUGGAGCUGCCCUUGGUCUUCAACCCUUCUGGUAGUGCCCGGGCCAUGCCCAAAACCAGCUCCCUACCCACCGCUGUUAUCAUAAGGCCCCAGCCGGUGUCCAGCAACACCACUUCCAGGUCUCAGAACACGGCCCAGGGGGAGGGGGGCGUGCCCCACACCAAGCCCCCUACCGUUCAUCACAGGUCCUCUCAGUACCGCUGGAUGAAGAGUGAGUGGAGGGCCAACGUCUACCUCGCUGCUUCCAAAAUCCAGGGCCUCGGUCUGUUUGCAGCCAGGGAUAUAGAGAAAUACACCAUGGUGAUUGAGUACACGGGAACUGUCCUCCGCAACGAGGUGGCCAUCAAGAAGCAAAGGACGUACAAGUCUCAGAAUCAUGGAGUGUUCAUGUUUCGCAUUGAUAGUGAACAUGUUGUUGAUGCCAGUCAGACUGGGGGUCUGGCAAGGUACAUUAACCACUCGUGUACUCCAAACUGUGUUGCUGAGGUGGUAACCUUUGAAAGGGGUUAUAAGAUCAUCAUCACCUCCAACCGCAGAAUCGAGAAAAAAGAAGAGCUGUGUUUUGACUACCAGUUUGACUGUGUGGACAGCCAACUCAAGAUCGCCUGUCACUGUGGAACAGCAGAGUGCAGGAAAUGGAUCAACUGAUAUAAAGUUUCAAUGACAACCAACACCGAUGCAUUCCUUGCCAUAUUAUGCAGAUGCCCAGAUCUCUGUGCCCACAGAGAGGUGCUUCAGACUAGGUCCUAUUUUGAAUGAGUAAAUCCUGAGUCCCCGUGGCUGGAUAAGAUGGACAGAAGUAAAGCAGGAAGAAGCAACAGCAGAAGGACGUGUGAUUUGUGCCAUAUUACGUUAGAGGCUGGUUUUUAUUGGAAGGCCUCUGUUAAUGAGUGUGUGUGUGUGUGUCUGUGUAUUAGUGAGAUGAUAUACAGUAGGUUGAAGAUGAGAAUCCACCAGCGAAUGAGAAGAGCACUGUGCAGGGCGCGGACCUUAUUGGUGGUUAAGGGCAGGCCCUUUUGUUUAAAACUUUAAAUGUAAAACCGUUAGAAUAAAUGUAGACAUCACUGAAUGGGGAAUGUACAGCAAUGACUACAGUGAAGGGAAUAUUAACUUGCACUAAAAAAAGAGACAAACACACACGUACACACAACAAACUUUAAGAUACUUGAUUCCAUGAGUCAGUUUUAUCAUAGGUUUCUGUCAUGUGAUUUGAGUGAAAUUCGAGAGGUCAUUUUGUAUUUAUUAUUGAGUGAAUGAAUUUUAAUCUCAAAAUGAGACCAUAAAUAGAAGGCUAAACUGAUAUUGUUUUCUGAAGAUUGAAGAAAUGCUGUUACUUUUGUACAAAUGUAUAUACAGAAAAAUAUAGGAAUAACCGACCAAAUACUACCUUAACCUUCUCGAUGUUUGGGUGUUUUUUAAUUAGUUGUUUUUUUGUUUUGUUUGUCAUUUAAAUUUAUUUAAGAAGGAUGUCAUGAUAUCAGUUUGAGAGUAUAUAUUAUGAUUAUUCUGUACAGAAUUUGUAAAAUAACCACAAUAAUUCACAAAGUAUUUUUGUUGUAUUAAAAGUAUGGUAUUGUAGCGUAGUGUUUUUGUGAUUUACACGUACUUUGACCACUCAAAGAAAUAUUUUUGGUGACUAACGAGUGUAGAAACAAGUUAUUGGUUACAGAAUUUCAAAAUGGGAAAGACAUCAUUCUGACAUCUUUGCUGUUAAUCAGGUUUGAUUUUAUAGAACUGUGAAUAAGGUUUGUAAACCACCCAAACACAAUUUUAACUUUUUAACCCAAAUAGCCGUAGAAAUACCACCUUGCUUUCUUCAGUUUUGUUUAUUUUUUUACAUAUGAAUUGUGUACAGAUGUCCAAUGAAUUUGCUUACGGCAUUUGAAAUUAAGGUGUACUAAAGUAAAGAAAAUCAUGGUUUUUGGGUAGGAAAAGUUUGGGACAUUUGGUGGUGCUACGUUUUGGAAAAAGAUGGCAUUCUACUUAAUCAGAAAUGUAUCGCACAUUGACACUUCACAAGAAACAUACAUUAGAAAAUUGAAGAUGUUUAACGUGCACAAUUUCAAGUCGACUGUAAAAUUUUGGAAACAGUCUUAGAACUUGUAAUGUAUAUGGCAUGUAUUUUUUUAACUUUCCGAAGACUCAAUUGUAUAUAUUUUCUCAAUGAAUGGUUGUAACAAAAUUGUUUCUUGGAUAUUUUUCUUCUCUUGUAUAAAAUUACAUCAUCCUGCCAGUGUGUUUGUGCAACAUUUUUCUUGGUCCUGUAAAGUAGUCUCAAUGUCUUUGUUUUUUUUAAACUGCCUUUUGAAGUGUACAGAGUAAUGAGAUUUGGAGUUUGUGGAAUUGAAUUUAGCAGCAUUUACAAAAUAAACUAUUUUACAUCUUAA